AUGGCGUCGUUCCUUGAAAACACCUACAGUUUGCUCCAUGUGGACAAUACUGCCGAUCAGCCCACUGUGCAAGAGCUGAAACUGCAGCUGGAGAAAGGCAACGAUGAGAGCAAGUUGGAAACAAUGCGGACAAUUGUCACCAUCAUGCUGAAUGGAGAUCCUAUGCCGCAAAUCCUCAUGCACAUCAUUCGCUUUGUGAUGCCGUCGAAAAGCAAGUCAUUGAAGAAGUUGCUCUAUUUCUUCUAUGAAAUCUGCCCCAAACACGAUUCUACUGGCAAGCUCAAGCAAGAGAUGAUCCUGGUCUGUAACGGCAUUCGCAACGAUCUUCAACAUCCCAACGAAUACAUUCGAGGCAAUACUCUCCGAUUCCUCUCCAAACUCCGCGAACCAGAGCUCAUUGAGCCCCUCCUCUCCUCCGCACGUUUGUGUCUGCAACAUCGUCAUGCCUAUGUCCGCAAGAAUGCCGUAUGGGCUGUAUCCUCUAUUUUCCAGCACUCCGAGUCCCUCAUUCCCGACGCGCCGGAGCUGCUCCAGGUGUUCCUCGAAUCGGAGACCGACAGCACCUGCAAGCGCAAUGCCUUUGCCGCACUUAUGUCCAUUAGCCACCAGAAGGCGCUUGAGUAUCUGCGUACCACGUUUGACACAAUUCCCAACACAGACGAGCUGCUCCAGCUAGCCGAGUUGGAGUUCCUCCGGAAGGAUGCAGUACAGAACACUCAGAAUAAGUCGCGAUACCUGAAACUAAUGCUGGAGCUCCUCGACGCCUCCACCAGCACCGUUGUUUACGAAGCCGCAACGUCUCUUACCGCCCUCACAAGCAACCCUGUCGCCGUCAAAGCCGCCGCGAGCAAGCUGAUCGAGCUCGCUAUCCGGGAGGGCUGA